ACGUUUUCCUUUCACGUAAAGCUGGUGCUGUAGGUGCCCCUAGCCCCUGGACAAUAACAACACCUGCCAUGGAUGUCAACCCGCUGUGUAUUAUAUUGGUUAAGAAUGGCAGUAGGGGAGACAGGUUGCUUUUUCGAUACCCGUAUUCUGUUGACACCACACUGGAGACUAAAGCCAAGACGGUGCUUUUUAGAGAUGCAGCUUCUGUAGCCAUUGUUAAUCUUAUCGACCAUCAUGAAGAUAAAAGACCUAACCCUUAUUCUCUGAUUAAUGAGGGGAACAAACUUACAUCACUGGUGGCCCACACAUCAAACAUUUCCAAUGGAAAACUUGUUGGUUUUAGUGAUAAGGUAAUGUCAAAUCUUUUUGCCGUGAAGAGUGAACUUUGUGAUAGUAAAUUUGAAUUAAAAGUUAACGAUGUGAGAUUUGUUGGUCACCCUGUUCGUCUUGAUCCCUCUACGACACACUCCCAGCCACAUGACAAGAGAAAAUCCUCUACAAUCAUUCUUUUCAACAUAGUCUUUGCGUUGAAGGCAACACUGAACCAUGAUGUUGUGAAUUGUUACCAUGACCUAAGCAUGAGGCUUGGUUUGGCCCUGCGGCAUGAGGAGUACCGCUGCCAGUUUCUCUCGUCUGAAGCCAAGAUCAUGCUUGCAGCUCAUGAUGAGGCAUCCCAGCUACCAGAAGAUGGCCAGGUUUCUCCAUUUCAGUUAAUCUUGAACCGAAGCCUCCUUGCUCGACAUCUCAGACAAGCUUAUGAAGAGUUGUGUGGGUCAGGUAUUGUUCAGCUUCGACUCAACAAAUGGAUAGAAGUUAGCUUUUGUUUACCUCAGAAGGUUCAUCACAGUUUAGCCAAUGGACGGCCAGUUGAUUGUGAAGGGUUGUUGAGAGGCCUGCAAACCUUGAAGCCUUAUCACACAUUGCUCCUGUUGGUGGAGCGCUCAGAACUUUUACACACCCUCUCACCGGAUGCUUCGCAGGCACUCUGGCGACUCCUUCAUGUGGAAGAGUCGCAUCUCACUCCCUUCUUCACACUAGCUGCUGAUGCUGAUCUUACUCUAACCCAGGUCUUAAUGCUGGUGGGUCAUCUGGUGUACUGGGGCAAGGCCACCAUAAUAUAUCCUGUCUGCAGUACCAAUGUGUAUGCUCUCUCCCCAAAUGCUCCAACCAUUAUAAAUAGCCAGCUAGCUGAGAACUUUAGUGAGCAGUUUCCGGGUUCUUCUCUCCACGCUGUUAUGGCCGAAUUUUCCUUACCUACAUCUCUCAGUGACAAAUGUCAUCCCAUAACUUCACCUCAUCAGCAGCAAGAACAAGUGCAGCAGAUAUUGUGGCUCUUGACACAUGGGCUGCUGCAACAAUUACAUACUUACGUGUAUCUGGCUCCUCCGUCUUAUGAUGGUGAUGGAGGGCGUGCAGGGGGACGAGAGACUGGAGGAGCAUGUCAGUUAGGAAGCCAUGGGACCAGUUCUCCGGCUAGCACCAGCAUCCCAACACCAACUGUCCAUGAGCCACCUCCGCUCUCUAGCGAGCCAUCAUUUCUGGCACCCCAUUCUCAGUGUAAUAACCAUCCGGACAUAACUCGUGAUGCUCUCCAUAAUGCAGUGGUGCAGCUUAGUCAACCCGCCUCUGAAAGUGAUUUGGGCUCUGUAUGUAGUGAUGAGAGAAGCCCUAGUCCAGGAAUAAACCUUAGUACCACACCUGAAGAUUCUGUUCAUCUUCUGGAUGCAGUAUUAUCUCCUGUUGAGAAAGAUAUGGUGAUGAGGGUGGAAGCAGCACGUAACCCAGAAGAUCUCAAACUCUUUGCAAAAUUGUGUGUGUACUUUCGGGGUCAUCACCAUCUGGAAGAGAUGAUGUACAGAGUUAAUUUAAGAAGGUCAACGCUUCUUCAACUUAUCGACAAAUUCCGCCAGGUGCUUAUAACUUGUCAACAUCCAGAUGACUCCAUUACAUUAUCCACCAAUACUAAAUGAGGAUGUGUGUGUGUGAACAUAGCUUAAGCCUUCAAAGUUAUUGUAAAAACCUAUAUUUUUUAAUAUUUAGAUUGUUGUAGUCAUUUCGACAUUUAAAAAGCUAUUUUCUGACCUUGUUUUCUUGGUUAUGAUUAUUUAUUACUGUCGUGAACAGUACUUGAAUGCGGUUAUCACUGCUCUGACAACUUACAUUUCUUUGUGCAAUGUUCUAAUAACAGAAUCAUUUACAUUCAGACAAGGCUUUAGAAUUACUUUCAGAUGAAAAUAAUACUACUCUGCUGUAUGAAGAUGCCUUCUAUGGUAUGAUUGUGAAUGCUCAAACUAGGCUUUAGUUUUGUACAUGCAGUGAUCAGUUAAAUAGCAUUCAUUGAAUAACAUGGUGACUAAUUCAUUCUUCUGUACAUAUCCAUAAGUUUCUCUUAUAAAAGAUUUUUUUACAAUACCAUUAUCUUCAUUUUGUAUUUUCAUAGGGCGAGGGAUACAUCAGCCUAGAGAAAAAGUGGAACAGUAUAGAGAUAAAAGGUUAUAGUUAUUAAUAAAAGUUCACUAAUGCAUUCAGUACAGGUAUUGUGUUAACUGGAACAAGGUAAACUGAAUCUUCCAGAAUUUUCUGAGUAAGCUGCCUUGAGCAUCAUAUUCCAUCAUAAUACUUGGAGACGUCAAAAGUAGAAUUGUACAAGAUCUACAUAACAUAUAUCCCUCUUGAGAAAGAUGAAAAAAAAGAUUUUAGAGAAUGCAGAUGAAUACCAGCAAAGACAGAGGGUUAUAGAAAUACUCUGGACCCUCGCGCAAACAGAACGUAAUCCACCAGAAUGCCAGGUGCAAUGGAAGCUUUUACUUGCGGUGAAAAAUACUAUGGAUUCAUUCAUGUACUAACAAGUAUGUAAUGUAACCAAUCACCUUGAAGCACAGACACUGGCUUUCCUAGAUAGAUUUCUAGAUAGAAAACUAUCACCUGAGGACCACACAAAGAACAUUGAGCGAGGAGCCUACGCUACACUUUCUAACUUCAGAAUU